ACGAAGGUAUGAGGCUUUACUAGCCCCCCCGUCGUCCAUCUUUCAACGUACACUACCUCACGCCAGGCACAUUAUCCCUACCAUCUAGCCUAUCAACAAAUAUGAAUUUACGUCAUAAUAUUACAGCAACAGCCCUCGGUUUACGUAAUCAAAUGACAAUACCAAUCGACAUUGACUUAACAAAUCGAAUUAAUAUUGCUGGUUCAAGUUUAACCAAUAUACAAAAUCGUCAAAAUGUUACACAAACAAGUGUACAAUCUUAUCAACAACAAGCUCAACAAGCCCAACAACAAGUUCAACAACAGGUUCAACAACAAUCAGCAAUUGCAGCUGCAGCAUGUCAUCUUGCAACUUUUACACAACAAAGUCAUUAUCAUUCAUUGGGCCAUCAUGGUCAAACAAUACAAUUACAUAAUUCAAAUAAUUCGCAAUUACAUCGUAAUUAUCAUAGUGGUAUACAUGAACCAAAUGGAACAUCACAUAGAACGCGAUAUCCAUUUCCAUUUAUCGGUUAUACACCAUACAGAAGAUAUUAAUAAAAUACGAUUAUCAAAUAUUAAUUGUGAAGGGCUAUUGGUAGGAAUUUUAAAUAACAAUUUUAUAAAUUGAAAUAAUCAAUUUUAUCACCUGGCGGUGAGUGUCUUGGUUUCUAUUCUUUUGUUAUUUUUUUUAUACUUCGGAACAUUGAUGAUAUAUAAAAAAAAAAAAGAUAGAAACAAAAAUAUUUGCAUUAUUAAUUGCAAAACACAUGAAUAAUUACGUUGAUUGAAUGGAUGUUUCUAUAGAAUAAUUAAUCAUUUAUUCAACUAUCCGGAAUAGUUAUUAUCUAAUAAUAAUAAUAAUAACAAUAAUCAACUAGAAAAUUCUAGUUGUUAUAUUAGAUGAAUUUGUUUUUUUUUUUUUUUUCCUUUAUUUUAUUUUUUUUUAGUAAGUAGAUAAUUUUGUUGGUUUUUAUUUACUUUCUUCUUACACUGCACCUAUGAUCUAUUGCAAUAUCUUCUUUAUUAGCACAGUUUGUAUUUUGUUGUUCGUUUUUAGAAUAGACUUCUAAAAAGUUAAGGGAUAUAUUUGUUUGAGAAUAUAAAAAUAAUUUGUUUCUUUGAAAUAUUAGUGAUAUUUUUAGUUUUGAGGUAGUUACAUAUUUCGAAAAUAAAUAAAAAAACAAAAAAUAAUAAUAAUAGUUUAACGUGCGCUGGGGAUUUAGUCACCUGGUCCACGUGGAUCUGACUGAUGAUUUGCUUGUUUGUUUGUUUUUUUUUUUCAAUUGAAAACUAAAUUGAUGAAUUAAAAAGAAAAAGAUUUUUAUAAUUAAACACAUUUAUUUGGCCAGUCGGUGAUUCAGUUAGCAAAAAAUUUUGCACAGACAAACAAGAAAAAAAAAAAGAUUAGGCGACCUAGUGCAUCCCUAAAAUAAUAAACGAUUGAAUAAAUUAAAAAUUUCAAUUGAAUUAUAAAAUAAACAAUUGUAUACAAUUUUUCACCAAUUAAUUUUUUUUUUUUUUCUUUUUGUUAAUUAAUUAGUUAUUAAUUGUUAGCCCGAAGGAUUUAUCAAAACGUGCAUAAACAAUCCUCAGCAAAAAAAAAAGCUGAAAAAAAAUAUUCAAAAGAAUAUGCCUUCAUAUGUUUUGGCUUUACACACGAUAUUUCCAAACAGAAAAAAAAAAUUAAUAAAAAAAAAAUAGUUGAAUAAGAAGAAUAGAUUAAAAAAUUGAAAAAAAAAAAAAAUGACGAAUGAAAGAUUAAUUUUUUUCAUAAAAAUACUAUCGCGCUUAAAAUGAUAAAUUUAAAAAUUAAAAAAUGAAUUUUUUUCUUGUUAAAAAAAUAAAGAAGUUAUUAAAAAAAAAAAAUGAUAAUGAUACAAAUUAUCUUCGUCUUUGGUACAAUGCAUGACGAUAGAAAGAAUAAAUAAAAGUUUAUAUUAGAAAAAAACUUAGAAAGUGGAGCGGAGUCUUACGCAGGGAUUUAGCCUCAGAAAAAUAAAUUGUAUCAAGUUUUUUGUUGUUUUUUUUUAUUAUAAAAAAUAGAUAAAAAUGAUAAAUAAUAACAAAAUCGUAAUAUUAUGAAAAUAAUAAUUAAAUUUCGCAUAAGCUUUCAAUGUACCCGCUUUUUUACAACGGUGAUCCUCGGCUUGCUAAAA